AUUUUGCCCUAUCGAAAAGAUCUGCGUCUUGUGCGGCAAUCGUGCAUUUGACGGCCGUCACCGCCAGCAACAUGAUGUCCUGGCAAGUCGUCCUCGCGAUGAUUGUUGUCAUGUGUAUGUGCAUCGUCGACGUAGUUGGUGGAAGGGAUCUUUACGAAGUCCUCGGUAUCAAGCGAGAUGCUUCGGUUCCAGAGAUCAAGAAAGCCUUCCGCAAGUUGUCGCUCAAGUUGCAUCCUGACAAAAAUCCGGGCGACGAGGACGCGGCCAAGAAGUUUGCCGAAGUCGCCAGCGCAUACGAGGUCUUGUCGGACGAAACGAAGCGAAAGAAGUAUGACACGUACGGAGAAGACGGACUCAAGGAGAACGGCGGUGGAGGUGGCGGCCACGAUCCGUUCGACGUGUUCUCGCAAUUCUUUGGCGGCGGGCGGCAGCGCCAUCCGCAGGAACCGUCGCGGGGCAACGACGUUACGAUCCCCUUGCGCGUGUCCCUUGCCGACCUGUACAAUGGGAAGAACGUGCCGUUCACCGUGCGGCGCAAGACGGUGUGCCAUCACUGCCACGGCCACGGCGCCGCCAACUCGGACGACAUCCAGACGUGUCACGAAUGCGGCGGACACGGCGUCAAGCUCGAAACGCGCCGCGUCGGUCCUGGCUUCAUCCAGCAGUUUCAAACCCAAUGCAACAAGUGCGGAGGGAAAGGUAAGAUCGUCACGAGCACAUGUCCAGUGUGUGGCGGCGAUAAGACGGUGUUCGCCGACGUCGAACUGGACCUGGACAUCGAGAAGGGCACGCCAGAUGGCCACGAAAUCGAGUUCGAACACGCCGCCGACGAACAUGCGGACCGCGCGGCCGGCCACCUCCGCUUCCGCAUCACCACGGUCGGCCACGAGUUCUUUUCCCGCGACGGCGACGACCUGUACAUGGACAUGUCCAUUUCCCUACGCGAAGUACGUCCACAUGAGGAAAAUUCCCCGUCGUGUGUGUGCUUUGGGGACUUUUCCCAACGAAACUACUCAUGGAAUAGGCUUUGGUGGGAUUUUCCAAAUCGUUUGUGCAUUUGGACGGUCGCACGGUGGACGUGCGUCGGUUGAACGAGAUCACCGAGCCCAGCCAAGUGGUCACGUUGGCUCACGAAGGCAUGCCACGUCAUCAAAUGGCGUCGGAACGAGGCAACCUCCACAUCAAAUUCAACGUUGUCUUCCCCGACACCCUCACCCCCGACCAGCAACGAGGGUUCCGCGAUCUCUUUCAAUGAUAACGUCAAUAUAUCAAGCACACUUAGAUCAUACAUAUAUAUUAUAUUGUGCUUUCAAGUG